GAAAUUUGCCUGAAGGAUUCCAAAUCCUCAUCAGCUGAAGAAGUAGUAGCAGAUGAUACCGAUGCAGAGAAGAUCUUCUUCUGCGGUAAGGGUUUCCAUUGCUCGGUCUCAGGAAGCAGCGGCUUCAUUAGUCUUGAUGAUGCUUUGAGCUUGUUCGAGCGGAUGGUCCGGGUGAGGCCUCUGCCUUCUGUUAUUCAAUUCAAUCAACUGCUGACUUGUAUUGUUAAGAUGAAGAAUCAUUAUUCUUCAGUUGUUUCCCUUUUUAGAGAUAUGUGUGUCCAGGGCAUUCCUGUUGAUGAGCGCACCCUCAAUGUAGUGAUUAAUUGUUACUGCGUUGUGGGCCGAGUGGAUUUAGCUUUUUCUACAUUGGCUGGCUUCUUCAAACGUGGUUUUGUUCCCAAUGUAGUCACCUUUGGCACUUUGCUUAAGGGACUUUUUCGAGAACAAAAGGUUCCUCAGGCACAAGAAUUGUUCAAAAAGAUGAUCAAGGAAAAACUUUGUAAACCCAAUGAAACUAUGUUGGCCAUUGUGAUAGAUGGGCUCUGUAAGGCAGGAAACACUCAAAUAGCCAUUGAAUUCCUCAGAGCAAUGGAAAAACGAGGAAGUCCUUGUAAACCGACUGCAAUUAUUUAUAAUACCGUCAUUGAUAGCUUGUGCAAGCAUAAAAUGGUUGAUGAAGCUCUUGCCCUCUUACAGGAGAUGAUUGAAAAGGACAUUCCCCCGAAUGUUGUCACUUACAGUUGUUUGAUUCAAGGUUUCUGCAGUUUAAGUAAAUGGAAGGAUGUUGACAAGCUCUCUGCGGAGAUGAAGGUUUGUAAAAUUGUUCCAAAUGUUAUUACUUUCAAUAUAGUGGUGGAUGCACUAUGUAAGGAAGGGCAUAUAGAAGAUGCUGAAGAGGUAGUCCAGAUCAUGAUCCAGCAAGAUCAAAAUCCCGACCUGGUCACAUACAGUUCCUUAAUGGAUGGGUACUGUUUACAGAGUCGAAUAGAUGACGCAAGUAGAGUUUUCAAUACCAUGGUUGCUAGUGGCCUUACACCCGAUCUCCAUUGCUAUGGUAUUCUGAUAAAUGCCUAUUACAAGACCAAGAAAGUGAAUGCAGCCAUGAAGCUCUUUCGAGAGAUUCCACAUAAAGGUUUAACACCUAAUAUUGUUAUUUAUAACACUGUGUUGCACGGGUUAUUUAGUUCAGGAAGGUAUCUUAGUGCACGAGAAAUUUUCAAGGAGAUGCAAGCUUCUGGCAUGAAGCCUGAUUUUCACACUUACUGUGUGGUACUGGAUGGAUUAUGCAAGACUGGACAUGUCGAUGAAGCAUUGGAGUUAUUUCAUGCAACUGAAGCCAAUGGAACAGAUCUUUACAUUGAAAUGUACAAUAUCAUGCUUGAUGGGUUGUGUAAAUGCAGGAGGCUCGAUAGUGCCGGAGAUCUUUUCAAAAAUCUCUCCCUUAAAGGAUUGGACCCUGAUGUCAUAACAUACAACACCAUGAUUGCUGGCCUGCUUUCAGAAGGUCUGCUCAUCGAAGGCAAAGAGCUCGUUGGAAGAAUGGAAGAGAAGGGUUGCUUGGCAAAUAGUGUUACAUACAAUGUCAUUCUGCAAGGACUCCUUAAGGGAGGUCAUUAUGAGGACGCAUUGGUGUAUCAUGAAGAAAUGGUUCGCAGAAGAUUAUCAUUGGAUUCAGCUACUUUUUCCAUUUUGCUUGGUUUAGCUACUGAAAAACAGAAGAAUCCUUCUCUACUUAUGUUGAUGCUGAAGAUUGAUCCUGAUAGCAAGAAGUUUAUGGAUGGGAGAUAAAGAGGACCUUCACAUUAUUUGCAACUUUUGGCGCUGCAGUUUUUGGCACCUAAACUUUUGUCUGCUGGAACUAAAACUAUUUGAGUUCACUUUUGAACUGGGUAUUGGGGGAACUCCGUUGGUCAUAUUUUUGCGAAUCCCUCAAAGAUCUUUGGUCCUGGCGGAGGAAGCCACGGUCCAUAUGGAAGUUUGAUUGAUAAUUGUAGCAGUUCAUAGAAAUUCUCUGCUGUUAAUUGGAUUUCUAUCACUUCUUCUGAAAGACUUGUUGUUUAUCCUUUUGUGGAGAACCUCAAUAUGGCAUAUCACUUAAGAAGGGAUGCAAUUGUCUUAUGCACUAUGAUACAAACUAUCUUCUGAAGACAAGGACAUGAUAUUUCUCGGGGAGGAUGGUGAUCCUGAUGGCUAUUCACAUUGAGUUACAGUCCCUGGAGUCAGGAUAAGGUUCCACGAUAUGGAAAACCAGAACAGAAUUCUAGAGGAGGGCAUUGACAAUAAGCUUGAAGUCCUCAUAACUUAUAGCUCCAUCUCCAUCCCCAUCAACAGAAGCAAUAAUACUCUGGCAAUCUUGAAGAGACAAAUCUUGUCCCAUAUUUUCCACAACUUCAAACAGUUCUUCACCGGUCACAAACUCUUCCCC